AUGGCCAGACCGAUGGACCUCGAUCUUAAGGUCUCUAAUAGAACUUCUGCGCCCGUCCAAAUGAAGACAAGUGGAUUAGCACUAAAUCGUCGUACUCAUAUAAAUCAACUUUGUACACAACACUGCAGAAUUAUGAAGGAAUUCUUUUUGUGCACGCGCAAGAUAAGACCUAUGAAUUCGGACGACUUUGACGUAAGUGAAGACCAGAAAACUGAUUAUUAAAGAAAGAAACCAAUAAGCGAGUGAUUUUUCAAAUAAUUGUCAUAUUAAAUUUUGCCUUUCAGAGAAUCAAACUCUUCAACGCCUACGCAAUGGAAAAAAUGUGUGACGCUGGUAUCCCUGUUUUGGAUAUAUAUCAAAUCAGCGCAUCAUACCCACAGGGAACCUUCGAUGGCAUUCACUAUCCUCACUUUGUUUUCCACCCAGCCGAGGACGCACUGGAAAGAUACUUUACCACGUGA